UGGCAAGGCGGGGCCUUGAGUCCCUGGCCUGUCCACCCUGUUGCAUUUCUGUAGUAAGCUGGUUUGGACCAAAGCAGCUUUUCUGACUUUGAAGUGCACGGGAAUGCGGUCAACACACCGCUUCUUCUGUGGCAGGUGAGUGGUGAGCCUGAGAAAGUCUCACCUGCUCCCAGGGGAUGCCGCCGGCGGGGAAUGCCUGCCAUCCCAGUGUAAGGCGCAGUGGUGGAUAGCACGAAGGGCCAGCUUUCCAGUUCUGGCUGACUGUCACAGGGCUGUCCCUCAGUUUGCUCAUCUAGAAAUAAGCAUAAUGCUUAACUGAUGGAAUUUUAGCUAAGACUUGGUAAGUUCCUGGCAGCUGGUGCUUCCAAGCCCUGGCUGCGCUGGUUAUGAAUGUGCUUCCUGCUGAUGUGCCUGGGAAAGCUGUGGAAGAUGACCCAGGCCCUGGGGCGCUGCCACUCACAUGGGGGAACCAACCAGGGAGUUCCAGGCCUUUGGCCUGGUCCAGUCCCAGUGUUUGUGGCCACUUGGGGAAUGAAGAGGCAGAUGGGAAAAUCCCUCUGUCUCUGUAACUCAGCCAUUCAAAGAAAUAAAUCCUUUAAAAAGGCAUUAAGUUAUCUCACAUACAGUGCUUCAAACAGCAUGCAUUAAAAACCACUCUUCCAUUCCGUAGAGCGUAGAGCAAGCAGCAGUUGAAGUGGGGGGGGGGGGUCUGACGAAUGAUUGAAUGAAUCUCCGUUUGCAAAAAGAAAAGAAAGUUCUUUAUCGUGUGAGCAGGCUCCGAGAAGCAAACUGGGAGGCUCCAUGGCUGCAGAAAAAGGCCCAACUCCCAGAAAAGUGCACUCCACCCGGGGGUCGGGAGGGCCGGUGCCCGGAAGCCGGCCGGCCUGUGCGGGGGAAAGCCAAUGGGGCCGCUCUGAGGGAGGGGAAAGAGAGCCUUGCCAGCCCUUUCCGUCUGGGGGGCCGGUGGCUCCGCCUUCUGGAACGUAGCGACGUCCGAGCAUUCCACGGUUGCUACAUCGUCGCGAGGGGCGGGGCGCCUGUCAGGGAAGCGGCGCGCGCGGGCGGCGGGCGGGCCGGGGCUGCACCGCUCAGUGCCAGCGCCUCGCCAGCGCCAGCGCCAGACCCGCGCGCCGCGCCACGCUCUCCGGCCCGCCGGCCCCGCGUCCCGACUCCGCGAGUUCGCACUCCCCGUCGCGCCGCCUCUGCCCGAAGAUGGAGUUGCUCUGCUGCGAGGGUAGCUGGCAUGCGCCCCGGGCCGGGCCCGACCCGCGGCUGCUGGGGGACCAGCGUGUCCUGCAGAGUUUGCUCCGCCUGGAAGAGCGUUACGUGCCCCGAGCCUCCUACUUCCAGUGCGUGCAGAGGGAGAUCAAGCCGCACAUGCGGAAGAUGCUGGCGUACUGGAUGCUGGAGGUGUGCGAGGAGCAGCGCUGCGAGGAGGAAGUCUUUCCCCUGGCCAUGAACUACCUGGAUCGCUACCUGUCCUGCGUCCCCACCCGAAAGGCGCAGUUGCAGCUCCUGGGUGCGGUCUGCAUGCUGUUGGCCUCCAAGCUGCGCGAGACCACACCCCUGACCAUCGAAAAAUUGUGCAUCUACACCGACCACGCCGUCUCCCCCCGCCAGCUGCGGGACUGGGAGGCACUGGUGCUGGGGAAGCUCAAGUGGGAUCUGGCUGCUGUGGUGGCGCACGACUUCCUGGCCCUGAUUCUGCAUCGGCUCUCUCUGCCCAGCGACCGCCUGGCCUUGGUCAAGAAGCAUGCGCAGACCUUUCUGGCCCUCUGUGCCACAGAUUACACAUUUGCCAUGUACCCGCCGUCCAUGAUCGCAACAGGCAGCAUUGGGGCCGCAGUGCAAGGCCUGGGUGCCUGCUCCACAUCCGGGGAUGAGCUCACCGAACUGCUGGCCGGGAUCACAGGCACUGAAGUGGACUGCCUGAGGGCCUGCCAGGAGCAGAUUGAAGCUGCGCUCAGGGAGAGCCUCAGAGAAGCUUCGCAGACCACUCCAAACCCACCGCCCAAAGCCCCACGGGGCUCCAGCAGCCAGGGGCCCAGCCAGACCAGCACUCCCACAGAUGUCACUGCCAUCCAUCUGUAGCCCUGGACAGGCCCCCUCAAGUGGCCACCAAGCAGGGUAGGGGCCACUGCCACCCCCCCUCCCUGCCUCCAGGAACGAUCCAUGCCAUAUCGGAAGCCCGAGGGGGCUCCCAUUCCACUCCCCACAUCAUCAAGCCCAAGGGGUCAGGCCCCGCCUCUCCCCGCAGUGUGCACUAAGGGGCCCGACCAGCCAUGUGCAUCUGGGUAGCUGGUCGGCCCCUCCUCCCCAUGUCUGAGCAGCUCAGCUCCGUUCCUGACUUCAGCCAGGGCUAGGCUGCUCAGACAUCCAAACAAGUAAAACUCUGCACCAGCCCUCUACUCUGAGGCUCCUCUCCCCAGGGGGAGCUUGUGUUCUCAACUGCCAAAAAAAAAAAAAAAAAAAGAAAAAAAAAAAAAAAGCCACAAAAAAACGAGAAAAAUGCCUCCGUGCCUUACAAAGGCGUUGCCCCUUCUAGGGUUACUGCAUUUCGAUUUGGGGUCCUUUGGGCAUUCUGAUAGACUAAGGGGCAACAGUCGCCAGUCCCUCCCAGCAUACGUUGGAGGCCUCUGUAACCCAUGCUCUCUGCUGCUCCAAGAGGGAGCACCUCCUGCUUUGCUUCCGCUCAGCUUCUCCUGUGUGGUUGAGGGGUUCGGUGCUGAAGGAACAGGUUGUUUUAAUUUAUUAAUUGUUCUGAGUACAACUGUAAGAGGGUACCAUGGGGCCCACGUCCCCCCACAAGUGGGUGACCCUGAUGGUUGCUGUUUGUCUCCCCUCUGAUACUGGCUAGAGAGCUUUGUGGCCCAGGAGCUGCUACAGCCUGGGUUUGGGGCCAUGUCCUCCUCUCCCUUGGGCCCCCCUGCUCCAUCCUCUGGCGGGGAGGAGGAAGCAGGGAUGCCCUGGAGGUGGCUGAGCCCCAUCUGGAGAGGGAGGCAAGCCCUGUUGACACAGGUCUUUCCUAAGGCCACAAGGUUUAUUAGACUGGUGGCCCAGGACCAUCAUGCUACCUUAAUAAAAGAUUCUGGAAUAAAGCUGGCAUUGGCCUCUUGGA